UCGCGAAACAUCGCGCACUCUCACAGAAGUUGUCCAAAAUCAGCGAUUUCUCAACCGAAAGACCCCUGAAUUCUAAUCUGUUCAGCUGGAUACGGCUUGUGGUACUAGUUUUUUUUAUUUUCUGGUUUUGUUUUCGAUGGACUAGCGCUUUUCAGUUCUCUGUGCCAAUGGAGAUAACACUCCAGCGAGAGACCUCCGGGCGUGAUUCAGUAUAUUGUGUUGGUAACAGCGGUUCACAAUAAUUUUGGGCUUGUGCGACUUCAAUGCGCAUUUGCAUCUGAAAGACGAAACUCGAGAAAAAAAAACGUUCGCGAAAUCCUUCAUAACGUGUGCUCUCGCGGCGUGUUGCAUAAGAUUUUGUGCUCGAAACUGAAAGGUGUGAAACCGAAUUCGGUACAUCUGAGUAACAUCGUGCGUGUGAAAAUGUCGUAUCAGUGCAAAAAUUGCGAACGGGAGAAAGACCAAAAUAACAACUAUGUGAACGCAACGUAUUCGGCCAAUACACAUGGAACUCGUGGCAAUUAUUCAAAUUCCAACCAUGCUGGAAGUGAAAAGAGGCAAACCAGAAGGUCCAGCAACAACAGCAACAACAACGGUAACAACAGCAACGAAACCGCCAGCGGAGGAAGCGGUCAUCAGGGAGCUAGUUCCGGAACUGGGUCUACCCAGGUGACCGCCAAAGUGAUGUGGGGCAGUGUUGGAGCGAUCAAAGAACUUCGCGAGAAAGAACAAGCCGAACGAAAUCAGGUCACCAGGGCCGGACGUCGGCAAUAGCAGCGAAAUCGUAUGAGAAGCACACGUAGAUUAUAAUUGUUGUUGAGCCAGAAUUGCAUAUUUUCAAUGUUAUCAACUUUUAUUCUAUCCAGUAAUUAAUACGUAUAUUAUUUAUCACACACUGAUCGACAGAACAAAAGUUAACGGAAUAAAAAGCAGAGUGUUGACAUUUCAAAACAA